UCAUAUUAAAUUUCUCAAAAUAUCUUGUUGGCAAAACACCUGUGAAUUGAUUGUGAGAGAGUUCCAGUAUUCGCAACAUAGGAAAUGAUAAUUUUGUCUCGCGUUUGACCAAUGAGGAAAAGUUUCCUUGAUCAAGUUGUUCCAACAUUUAGAACUUCCAAGUGGUACAAUUAACCAAAGCAGAUGGCAAUGUUCCUUCCAAGUUUUUGCCUUUGGUUAAGGUAUUGAAUAGAGCUUAAUGCUAAUUGUUGGGGGAUUCUUCCAAGUGGCUACAAUGUUUUUUUAACACGAAGAAGAUGAGGCUGUUUUGCAUUUGUUGUUUGGAGUAGAAGAGAAGAGGUAUGUUGAAAGAAAUGAGACCAAUGGGAGAGAUACCUGGUGAGGCAGAGAUAAUUUGUCGUAAUUUUCAGUCAAUGUAUUGAUGGAGGGCUGGUUUAACGGAUUAUAAACUAAAGAAAGAACGAGGAAAGAGAAAGAGGGGGAAGACUUUUGCCACGAUCCAUACAGCCAUAACGCAGAAUUUUUAAUUUUUUCAGUCGUCUUAUUCUGUGCAGCAUUUAAUUUGAGCAGAAUCUGAUUUAUAAAAGUUUAUUUCUUAAAUAUUAAAUACGUUUCAAAUCGGUUUAAUAUUACAACAUGACUAAACCUUGGUGGAAAUAAGUCUUUUGGCCUAAGUGAAAAUAUUUAUUGUAUAAAAUAUAAACAUAAUAAUAAGAAUUGAUUGAAACGAACUCUCUUCGAUCGGGUAGUGUUACCAGCAGCACAAACUAUUAUAUAAAUUGGAUUGUCUCAUUCAGUGCCCUUUUUUUGGGUUUGACCCAGUUGUGCUUCAGUCGAGGUUAGUUCUUUGGCAGAUUAAAAAUUUUGAUAGUGUAGUUGAUUCAAAGUUUGGUUUUUUAUGGUCGUUCUUGGUACGAUAUAUGAUUUUUAGAGUUAUUUAGAAAUACCCAGAUGGGGAAUUUUAGUUGUGGGGACUUGAGUUUGGUUUGAAGCUAGUUUGAUGUUGUUUGAGUGAGGUUUAAGUGUGAAGGUUUUGUUUUUGAAGUGUUUUUUGUAGAUGGCUGAUGCUAGUUUUUGUUAUGUUUUAAGAUUUUUAGAACAUUGUUUUGUCGGUUUCUAGAAAAUUGGAAAGUGAGCACAAAUUGACGGAUACGUUGAAGAUAUCUUUCUGUGAAUACGAGAAGAGAUAAAUGUUAAGUUAAGAUCGGAGGGAAUGCAAUCCAAUGUUAAACAGAUGAACUCAUUGGACGACAGAUCAAUGAGUGAGCUUGAGGAGGAGAGUCUUUUGACUCCGGAAGCAGAAUCUGGAAAGCCAAAACCUGUUCUUGGACUUGAAAAUGGACAUACUUUUAGGGUUUCACCAUCUUUUGGAUAUAAAAAUUUGUGGAAUGGUGUGUAUAAGAGCAUAAAGACUGUUGUUUUCUCGAAUAAACUCAAUUUGCUUAUGCCUUUUGGGCCAUUGGCAAUCAUGGUCCAUAAAAUGACUGGUCACAAAGGAUGGGUCUUCUUUCUAAGCAUGCUGGGUAUAACUCCUUUGGCAGAGCGUUUAGGUUAUGCUACAGAGCAGGUGGCCUUUUACACUGGUGCUACAGUUGGGGGCCUUUUAAACGUUACUUUUGGAAAUUCGACGGAAAUGAUAGUAUCAAUUUAUGCUCUGAAAAGUGGUAUGACACGUGUCGUUCAACUCUCAUUAUUGGGCUCAAUUUUGUCAAAUAUGUUGCUGGUGCUUGGAUGUGCAUUCUUUUGUGGAGGUCUUGUUAUUCGGAACAAAGAACAACGGUUUGAUAAGGCAUCCGCUGUUGUGAAUUCGGGACUGUUAUUGAUGGCAGUCAUGAGCCUGCUCUUUCCAUCUGUUCUUCUCUACACACAUACUGAGGUGCAUUUUGGAAAGUCAGAGCUGGCUCUUUCAAGAUUUAGCAGUUGCAUUAUGCUAGUGGCAUAUGCUGCCUUUCUUGUUUUCCAAUUAAAAGGUCAACAAAAGACAUAUUUCUCUGCAACUGAGGAAGAGAAUCAGGCUAUGGAUGCUGCUGAUAAUGGUGAUGACGGCAAUGAAGAGCCACAGAUCUCAAAAUGGGAAUCAAUUAUUUGGCUUUCAAUUCUAACAGCUUGGAUAUCUAUCCUUUCAGAGCAUCUAGUCGAUGCUAUACAGGGAGCAUCGAUCGCAUGGAACAUUCCAAUUUCAUUUAUUAGUGUUAUAUUGCUUCCAAUCAUAGGGAAUGCUACAGAGCAUGCAAGUGCUAUCAUUUUUGCCAUGAAGGACAAACUUGACAUAACUUUGGGAGUGACAAUAGGAUCAUCAACACAAAUAUCCAUGUUCGGGAUUCCAUUUUGUGUGGUUAUUGGAUGGAUCAUGGGUUGCCCCAUGGACUUGAACUUUCAAAUUUUUGAGACGGCAACUCUUUUCAUAACUGUCAUAGUUGUUGCCUUCUUUCUGCAGGAAGGAACAUCUAAUUACUUUAAAGGACUUCUGCUCAUUCUUUGUUAUCUGAUAGUUGCCGCAAGUUUCCUUGUACAUGAAGAUGCUUCUCCAGAAGGCGGCAAACUAUCUCAACUCAGCAUCAACAGUUUGUUGCACACAAUUUUCAGUUCCAUUAAGGUCAAAACUCUAGAGGAGGUUCGCAAAAUAUUCAACAUUAUAUAAUUCUGUCUUUUGUUUUUCUUUCUUUGCACACAUGUUUACUUAAACUUCCUUGUUAAAGUGUCAAACGAGGGUUAUUUGACUGAUGUAUUGUUACCUAUUGUGUUGUCUCUUUGAAUCAUUUUAUUUAUGUUAACACAGUAUUUCUUUCAUAUAAAUAAGACAUAUUUAUGCA